GUAGGCUUAUAUUACUUUACCAAAUGUCGAACACCCAGAUUUAGUGGUGUUCAACCUAAACAAGGUUUUCUCACGACGUUUUUCUGUCAUACAAACAGGAAAUAGACCGGCGUCAUGGAAGAAAUUGGAAUUACUUUACCUGAAAAAGAAGAUUCUGGACUGACAGAAUCAAGGCCUGGCACUGCUCAGACUGUUGCACAUGUAGAUCCUCUAGCAAUAGAUAUUGAAGAUCUUUAUGUGAAAUAUAAGAAACUCCAGAGGCAGCUAGAAUUUUUAGAAGUUCAAGAAGAAUACAUCAAAGAUGAGCAGAAAAACUUGAAGAAGGAAUACCUGCAUGCACAGGAGGAAGUCAAAAGAAUUCAGAGUGUCCCACUUGUGAUUGGGCAGUUUUUAGAAGCUGUUGAUCAAAACACUGGCAUAGUUGGAUCAACAACUGGUUCAAACUACUAUGUGCGAAUUUUGUCAACUAUAGACAGGGAAUUGUUGAAACCAUCUGCUAGUGUUGCUCUCCACAAGCACAGCAAUGCCUUGGUUGAUGUCUUGCCUCCUGAAGCUGACAGUAGCAUUACAAUGCUUGGAGCAGAUGAGAAGCCUGAUGUAAUGUAUGCAGAUAUUGGUGGUAUGGACAUACAGAAACAGGAGGUACGAGAAGCUGUAGAACUUCCUCUUACUCACUUUGAUCUCUACAAACAAAUCGGCAUUGAUCCACCUAGAGGUGUGCUCAUGUUUGGUCCACCUGGUUGUGGUAAAACUAUGUUGGCAAAGGCUGUAGCACAUCACACUACAGCUGCAUUUAUAAGAGUUGUUGGUUCAGAGUUUGUACAAAAAUACCUAGGAGAAGGUCCACGUAUGGUUAGAGAUGUGUUCAGGCUUGCCAAAGAAAAUGCACCAGCUAUUAUAUUUAUUGAUGAAAUUGAUGCUAUAGCAACCAAAAGAUUUGACGCACAAACUGGAGCUGACAGAGAAGUUCAGAGAAUUUUACUGGAGCUGCUUAAUCAGAUGGAUGGUUUUGAUCAGACAGUUAAUGUUAAGGUUAUCAUGGCUACAAACAGACAUGACACAUUAGAUCCUGCCUUGUUACGUCCAGGCCGUUUGGAUCGUAAGAUAGAAUUUCCCAUUCCAGACCGUCGUCAAAAGCGUCUCAUCUUCUCAACUAUCACAGGCAAAAUGAACCUCAGUGAAGAAGUAGAUCUUGAAGAUUAUGUGGCUAGACCUGACAAGAUCAGUGGUGCUGAUAUCAAUGCCAUUUGCCAGGAGGCGGGCAUGCAGGCUGUGAGAGAGAACAGAUAUGUUGUUCUAGCCAAGGACUUUGAGAAGGGAUACAAAAAUAACAUCAAGAAGGACGAAACAGAGCAUGAAUUCUAUAAAUAAAAUAACCUUGAACUCUGUCAUAGAUUGGACCAAGUUUCUGAAAAUAUUUUGAGUUAACUGUGCUAUAAUAUUGUGAUUACCUGUUAAGAUGUUUGAAACAUGGUAAAUGUCCAGAUAUACCUAACAUUGAGAGAAUUGCCAUGUCAGAGUCUAAAUCUGGUGUAAGCCCUAAUUUUAUGGCGCUUUACUUGUUCAUGCAAAAUAAAAGACAUAAAUAAAGUUCAGUACAUUA